UAUUGGUUGUUUUGAAAAUGUCCUGUCGAUGACCUAACGAGUUAAUUUUGUCGAUCUGCUUAAUCUGGUCCUGAACAGAUGUGUUUGUUCUGUUACAUUCCAUUGCAUUUCAGUGACCACCUCUUCUUCUUUCUCUUUGUUUUGAUGUAGAAAGAAGCCGAAGGUGGAUUUUAAGUGAAACCUAAAAGUUGUAUCAGGAGAAGAUCACCUGAUUCCAGCAAAUAUGGAAGGAAAACUCACUUGUGAGCAGUGUGGGAAGAGUUAUACCCACAAGCAUCAGCUGAAGACACACCAACGCAUCCACAGUGGAGAAAGACCGUAUAAAUGUGAGCAGUGUGGGAAGACUUUCACCCAGAUGAGUCAACUUAAGAGACACCUACGCAUCCACAGUGGAGAAAGACCAUAUGACUGUAAACAGUGUGGGAAGACUUUCACCCAGAUGAGUAGCCUUAAGACACACCUUCAUAGCCACAGUGGAGAAAGACCAUAUGAGUGUUACCAUUGUGGGAAGAGUUUCACCCAAGCGUUUAACCUUAGGACACACGUACACAUCCACAACAGAGAAAAACCAUAUUCAUGUGAGGAGUGUGGAAAGGCUUUCAUCAGAAAGGAGGAGCUUAAAAUCCAUCAACGCAUCCACACUGGAGAAAGACCACAUGGCUGUGACCAGUGUGGGAAGACUUUCACCCAUGCGUCUACCCUUAGUACACACCUACGCAUCCACAGUGGAGAAAGACCACAUGUUUGUGACCAGUGUGGGAAGACUUUCACCCAAGCGUCUGCCCUUAGUACACACCUACGCAUCCACAGUGGAGAAAGACCAUAUGAAUGUGGGCAGUGUGGGAAGACUUUUACCCUUAUAACUAGACUUAAGGCACACCUGGUCACCCACAGUGGAGAAAGACCAUAUGACUGUAAACAGUGUGGGAAGACUUUCAUCCGGAUGAGUAACCUUAAGUCACACCUACGCAUUCACAGUGGACAACAACCAUAUGACUGUGAAAAGUGUGGGAAGACUGUCACUUACAUGUCUAACCUUAAGGUACACCUGCGCAUUCACAGUGCAGAAAGACCAUAUUACUGUGAACAAUGUGAGAAAACUUUCACCCAGAGGAGUAACCUUAAGUCACACCUAUGCACCCACAGUGGACAAAGACCCUAUCACUGUGAACAGUGUGGGAAAACUUUCACCCACAUGAAUAGCCUUAAGUCACACCUACGUGUCCACAGUGGAGAAAGACCAUAUGACUGUGAACAGUGUGGGAAAACUUUCACCCACAUUAGUAACUUUAAGUCACACCUACGUGUCCACAGUGGACAUAGACCAUAUAAUUGUGAACAGUGUGGGGAAACUUUCACCCAAAUGAAAGGGCUUAAGGCACACCUACGUGUUCACAGUGGAGAAAGACCAUAUCACUGUGGACAGUGUGGGAAAACUUACAUCCAUAUGAAUGGGCUUAAGGCACACCUACGCAUCCACAGAGAAACACACCGAAACAAUUGUCUUCUACCUGUGAGAAACUUUCCAGCAUUACACCUACCUGAUUCUUCGUGUCUGAUCUCGUUUGUCCCUGACCCGCUCUGCUACCUGUCGUCUGAUCCCUGCCUGUCUCGUCAGCCUGGUUCUGCCUUUUCGUCCGUUUCCCUGGUGCUCGACCUGCCCUUUGUCCCUGACCACGUCUCUCUGCCUGCCGUCUGGUUUCGACCUGUUUCUGCCGCGGACCCUGUCUUCUGUCUCAGCCCCUCUGGACUCUACGGACUCCCCGGUUACUGGACUAUCUGCCUGUCCCCGACGCCCCCCUUUGCCUUACCCCUGUCGGAUUACUGA